AUGACUGUUCCUACCUCAGCCAAGAAGACAGUCGCCAUCAUUGGGGCGGGGCUGACGGGUCUACUCACAGCACAUGGGUUGCAGCAGAAUGGUUUCAGCGCCGUCGUCUUCGAGCAGGAUGCCAGUAUCGACACAAGGGCCCGUGACUGGACCAUGUUAGUGCACUGGGCUAUGCCCAUUUUCGAGAAGCUGGUGCCAAAGGAUAUAAUUGCAGAGUUGAAACAGGCAGUUUGCAAUCCUCACUUGGAAUUUAACAGCGAGGUAGAGAGCCUCCCAUGCUACAAUGGCGUCACUGGAGAUUUGCUUUUUCGCAGCCCUCUUCCCAACGCGAGGAGAGUCAGUCGUCAGGCACUGCGUCGGCUGCUUGCUCAGAGAGUUGACAUUAGAUGGAACGUGGCUUUGAAGGAGUUUUCUCCCACAGAACACGGCGUGAAGCUUGAGUUUGAAGAUGGCAGUGUUUUUGAUGUCGACUAUGUGCUUGGAACCGAUGGUGCAUCCUCUAAAGUACGAGAAAUUCUUUUAGGUUCCGAUGUAUCUCGUCCUCAAGGGUCCGGCUUUCAAUUUGCUACGGGCAUCACAAAGUUCGAAGACGCGGGGAAAACGGAUGCGGUUGUGCGGGCCCAUCCUGUAGCCGCGCUGAUGAUGGGAACAAGUUCUGUUGGUGCUGUCGGUGUCAUGUCAGUCGACGACCCAGCUGAUACAUCCACCUGGACCACGUUUUGGACCAAGAUAUGGAACGGCGAGGCGGUACACCUCAGGGGCAAGGAGGCUCUCACCUAUAUCAGGGAGAAAACGACACCAUUGCGCGACGUGUUUCAAUCAGCCAUUGACUGGACGCCAGAAAACAGUAGCGUGUAUAUCGACGAGAUGAAGUAUUGGGUACCCGUGCCCUGGGAUAAUCAUGGAGGACGAGUGACGCUUGCCGGCGAUGCAGCUCACCCCAUGCUAAUAUACCGUGGUCAAGGAUUCCAGCACUCCAUCACAGAUGUCGACAAUUUCGUCACGGCCUUGACUGAAAUAUCUUCAGCGGGUAGCGAUGCUACCCUGAAACAAGAAACAUUGGCAAAAUACGAAGAAGAGAUGAUUCGAAGAGGCGCAAAGGCGGUUCAGGAAUCCCUAGCCGAGGCCAAGAAGUCUUUCGACAUAGAGACAGUGAAGAAGAUGCUCAUGGCAACACGGGGACAUGGCAAAAGCGAAUCAUGA